AUGACUGGACUUUCCGCCUUUUGGAUUGAACAUUUUUUGAUCCACCGCUCAGGGAUACCCAAGUUCCAUCCUGGGUUCAGGAGGAUGAUGUACGGGAGGUAUGCGUCACAGCUGCUGAAGGAGAUCGACUCCUCAGAGGCUGGCCAGCUCGCACCAUUCAACCUGAAAGAAUUAUAUCCAAAUAGGUACAACCGAGCAGAAGUUAUUCAGAGUUUUAGAUGGAAGGUUGGCCCUGUGCUUCCUCACGACAUACAAGAAAAGCUCCAUUUCUUAGAGAAAGAGUACUUCAAGAACCACUCUGCAGCCAUGAAAUCAUACAUUUCAGAGAUGGAUAUAGAUUUGACAGUGGAUAUGGUUCCUCCCAAGGAUCCUUACAUUCAGGUUCGGGUCCUGGAGGACAUUGGCGAAGUAUCUCUUGGUGACCAUUCUGUGUCAUUGACCAAGAACUCACUCCAUUUCCUAAGGCGCACAGACGUAGAACAAUUUAUAUCACAGGGUCUUAUGGAAGAAUUUCUGGAGUAG